AGAUUUUCUUAAAAGGCCAUCUCUCUUUCCCUCUCUCUCUCUCUCACACACACACACACUCUCACAGUGAGACCACCGCAAGUUCCUAGAGAGUGAUUCCAAUGCAAAUGCAAGCUUUAACGUUCUCUCAGAGGCCAUCUCCGGCGAUAUGGAGGCCACCGCCGGCGACCUCCGCCGCCGCCAUUUCCGGAAGAAGCGGGAGCUCUGCCGUCACGUUCCGGCUCCGUACAUUCCAGUGCUGUUCUUCGAGAACUCCUUCUCUAGAGGUGGAUAAGAAGAGGUUUGUUGAAGCAUCUGAAAAUGGAAACUUAAUUCCGCUGUACAGAUGCAUAUUCUCGGAUCAUUUGACGCCGGUGUUGGCUUACCGAUGCUUGGUUAAAGAGGACGAUCGAGAGGCUCCGAGUUUCCUAUUUGAAUCUGUGGAGCCUGGUUUUCGUGCAUCAAGUGUUGGUCGUUACAGUGUGGUUGGGGCGCAACCAGCCAUAGAAGUACUUGCAAAAGAGAAUCAGGUUACAAUUCUGGAUCAUGGUUCUGGAAAAAUAAUCGAGAAGUCGGUAGAGGAUCCUAUGUCAAUUCCAAGAAGUAUUUCAGAAAACUGGAGUCCACAACUAGUCGAGGACCUUCCAGACGCGUUUUGUGGUGGAUGGGUUGGAUUUUUCUCAUAUGAUACAAUUCGAUAUUCUGAGAAGAAAAAGUUGCCAUUCUCUUGCGCUCCGGAAGACGACAGAAAUCUUCCUGACAUUCAUCUUGGACUGUAUGAUGACGUAAUCAUUUUUGACCACGUGGACAAGAAAGCAUAUAUAAUCCAUUGGGUGCGCUUAGAUCAAUAUUCAUCUGCUCAAAAAGCUUAUGAUGAUGGAAUGAAACGCUUGGAAACCUUGGUUUCUAAAGUACAAGACAUUGAUCCUCCACGGCUAGCUCCAGCUCGUGUUGAUUUCUGCACUCCUGAUUUCGGACUUUCUCUAUACAAGAGAAACAUGACAAGUGAGGAAUACAUUAAGGCUGUUUUACAGGCUAAAGAGCAUAUUUUGGCUGGAGAUAUCUUUCAAAUUGUUUUAAGUCAACGCUUUGAAAGAAGGACAUUUGCUGACCCAUUCGAAGUAUACAGAGCUCUGAGAGUUGUGAAUCCAAGUCCAUAUAUGAGUUACUUGCAGUCUCGCGGUUGUGUAAUGGUUGCUUCAAGUCCAGAAAUUCUUGUUCGUGUAAAUAAGAAUAAGGUUGUUAAUCGACCCUUGGCUGGGACAGCAAAACGAGGGACGACAAGCAAUGAGGAUGAAAUGUUAGAGAUGAAGCUGCUAAAGGAUGAAAAGCAAUGCGCAGAACAUAUUAUGCUGGUUGAUCUGGGCAGGAAUGAUGUUGGAAAGGUUUCAAAACCUGGUUCGGUCAAAGUGGAAAAGCUCAUGACUGUUGAACGAUAUUCCCAUGUGAUGCACAUAAGCUCUACAGUAACAGGAGAGUUACUUGAUGAUAUGACGGCUUGGGAUGCACUGCGUGCUGCACUGCCCGUUGGAACAGUUAGUGGAGCACCAAAGGUGAGGGCUAUGGAGUUGAUUGAUCAAUUAGAACCAACACGAAGGGGACCAUACAGCGGUGGCUUCGGAGGGGUUUCGUUCCUGGGCGACAUGGACAUCGCAUUGACCCUGAGGACAAUCGUUUUCCCUACUGCAGUCCGUUACGACACAAUGUACUCGUACAAGGAUGGCAACAGGCGCCAGGAAUGGAUCGCGCACCUCCAAUCCGGUGCUGGGAUCGUGGCCGACAGCCGUCCAGAUGACGAGCAAAUCGAGUGUGAACGCAAAGCUGCUGGCCUGGCCAAGGCCAUCGAUUUGGCAGAGCUAGCGUUCGUGAACAACGCGCCCCCACAACCAGAGAGCACCGACGCCUCUCCUCCGCCGCUGCUCCAUAUCCGCAGUAGGGAGCUGAUUACUCAUAACGGAGGUAUGGGUGUUUGAAACCUAACUAGCCUAGUUAGAGUAGUCUAUGUUGUGUAAUAGGAGGCUCAAGCCUUUCACAAACUACAGUAUAGAGAUCUUUGGCUUAAUAUGCAAGUGCAUUUUUUUUUGUCUUGCUUAUUUCCUUUUUCUUUCUUUUGUAUGUAAAUUUUGUUGAAACCACAGUGUUAAUUUCUUGAAUUGUUACUAAAUCAUGUUAUUUGUAUCAAA